AAUUUAUAUUAGCAAAGAGUGUAAUUUGAUUUUUGUUUAUCAUCAAAAAUAAUAAAAACAAUAAUAAAGUGAAGAAGUAUGCCGCAUUUUUCGUGUUCCGAAGUUCUAACGGAAGCAGCUGGCGUGAAAAUCAUAACAUCUCUGCCAAAAGAGGAUAUGAAUUCACAUUCACCGGGAAAGAUGGUCCUUAAAAUGCGAAAAGUCCAUGCAGGAUCGUGUAUGCAUGGCAAAUCUUGCGGAUUUCAUUUAACCAAGUCGAAAUGGGAUCCAUAUCCGUGGGUCGGUUAUGUCGAGGAUAAUAGUCCUGCUGAUUUGGCAGGAUUGAGAUCGGGUGAUUGUUUAUUGGGUAUUGAUGACACCGAUUUGUUGGGUCUAAAAAUCAAGGAUAUCGCUAUUUUGAUUCGUAACAAGGAAAAUACUCAAGAUCUAACAUUUUUCAUUUGGAGAUACACACAUCAAGAAGAGGAGCAAAAUGAUACUGGGCUAGCUCUGAAAGGUCCACUUCCGAAUGUAGCCAAAAACCUUGCAAAUGCAUUGUCAGGAACGGUUCAUGCCUUGGAAUGCCCGAUCUGUUUGGAAAGUGCUACGCCUCCGGUCUCGCAAUGUGUUCACGGCCACAUCUUAUGCGUCGUCUGCAGACCGAAGACAUCGCGUUGUCCAGUUUGCAGAGUCCGACUUGGUCAGGGUCGAUGUCUUCUCGCGGACAAAUUGCAUAGAGUACUUCGUGACACCUUUAACGUGAAUAACGAUGAGACGAUAAACAAAACCGCAUCCGGUCAUUAUAACUUACGCGGUCAACUGUUUGGUAAAAAAAGUAGCAAGAGACAAGAGACUUCCAUCGCAAAUCAGUCAAAGAACAAUUGUGCCAUGUUGAAACCAAGACAAUUCCUAUUGGCCAGAUUGUUGCUCGGCGGCAGAGAAAAAGCUGCUUCCGCGGAUAAUUUAACUAAAGUGUCUGAAAUAUCAGAAGAAGCUGUGACAAUUCCUGAUGGAGCGACAAACAUUAAUAGUUUACGUGUGCGAUUGUCCUUGAAUGAUCGCACGAAGUCAGCCAGUACUGGCGAAUUGUCAAGAGAUAGCAAAGCUCGUAUCAAUGAUUCUUCAUCGCGAAUUGUUGAAGCAUCUACGAUGGAUUUCAGCCAGCAAUCGUUGAGCUUACCUCAAACACCAAGGUGGGGUGGAUCAACGGAUUCUAUAUCUUGUGUACAGCUGACAUGUCCGUUUUUGCAAUCUUGUAAAGAAGUAGUGACAUGCGAUUCAUUAUUGGAACAUAUCAGGACUCAUGCAAUACCGCAAGUUCACUUCUACUCCGGAAACGCAAGAAUCCCAUUUCCGCUUCCUUUCGGCCAUGAAGCUCUUUAUAUAUUCCAUCAUGGAAACAAUAUAUUUUUCUUUCAGUGCAAAGAUGAAAUGGCAUGGAUGACAUAUCCUCCAAGGAUGACACAUUCAAAUAGCAGAUGGGAAUGGACUCUGCAUGCUUGGGGUGACAACGAUACGGAUGUACAAUUGCGAAAACCCGUCGCAAGCCUCGAGGAUUCUGCAAUAUUAUCUUCACAAUAUAUUGCCUCAUUGCCAAACACAUUAUUAUUAAAGGCUAUUGAUAUACAAAUAUCAGAGUAUAGAGCACACGAUAGACUUGAUACAAUGUCUUAACAAGUAGUAACUUAUAACACAUAUUGUAUCAAUUAUCUUAUAUGAGAUAACAGCAAACAAAAUAAUUAAUUUAUAAGUUUGCACGAGUAAUAUCAUGCAGAGUUCUAAAAUUCGCGAACAAAUGUUAAAACAGGAAUAUUCUUAAAAAAUUAAGAAAUAAGUUCGUAAAAUUAUUACUUAGAAUAUCAGAUUGUAAACAUGUUUACUAUUAUAAAUAAAUACAUAUACAAGUCGAUCUUUAAAAAAAAAUGUUUAAAAAGUCA